UGAAUAACGGAAUUAAAUAUUUAUUCCCAUAAAUCCAUUUAUUCUGGUGGAAAGAACGUUUUCCUUGGUUAUUGCAGAAAAUAAGGAUAUCCUUUUCGCUGAGCACACUAGAAUCCGGUCAGAUUGAAAGAAAAUGAUGUCCAUGAAACGGACAAAGUGCUUCUGAAAUCAAAUGUUAGUUUAACAUUUAUAUGCGACAAUAAAUAAAGCAUAGACAAAAUUCAGUUGCUAAUCUUUUUGUGAGCUCGUACCCGUCACCAUGCGCCGCGGGGCGGACCAGAAAGGGCGAAGACAGUCUCGGAGGAGAGUGACUGAAGAGAAGCAAACAUCAAACAAGGACGCGAUCUUCUCCCACGGCGCCGCCUGGAACUCUGGGGGAGAAUUCCGAGUCAUUCUACUCGGCCUUCUGUUGGUCUUCUCUCUCGCUGCCUCCGAGGCUAAAGG